AAAUAAGUUAGGUUAGGUUAGGUUUUGUUUGUUAUUGUUUUUAAAUCGACGUUUUAAUUCGUUUUUUUAAAAAGUUAGAAUGAAUUCAGACAGUUCCGAUGAAGAAUACAGCCCAAGAAAAGAAAACCGAACUGCAAGGAAAUCUACAGCGUCCGCUGCCCAGCAACAAGCACCAUCACCGCCUGUUUCAAGUUAUACAACUAGAAGGCAAGCUGCUCGAAAUGCUUCCAAAGCCAUAUCAGCCUCCUCCUUUGAGAAGUCCAUGGAAACAUUUAACCCGGAUCUGAGCCAGAGAGAACGAAGAAAAAUUAGUAAAAAGUUUACUUCUACCUCAGUCAGAAGACCUGUUGGAGCUAUUUAUGAUGACAGAGGGAUACACAUAGCAACCGGUGUGGAUCUUUGCGACUGCCUUAACGAGAGAUGUCCAGGUUGUUGGUUCGAGUGUGUCAAAUGCGAGGGUACCAAAUGCGGAGCAGAUUGUCGAAUAUUCAGAAAAUAUUUGCUCGAUUCUAUUGAAUAUCACGGUUAUGACAAAACUAUAAAAAAUCCAUUGUUAAAUAGGAAUUGAAACAUGUUUUAAAUAUUUUUAAUUAUACCUUUUUAAUUUUCUAAUAAUAAUUUAUGUUUAGGUUAAUAUGUCAGUGUAUUGUAUUUUAUAAUAGUGACAAAUUUAAAAAAAAAAUAUGUCAAAUUUUUAGUAAA